UGAGGGGGAAAUGACCAAAGAGGAUGUGCUGAGGGAGUCUUCAGAGGUAGAGUCGGUCCUGGGACGGUACAGCCUUAUUCCCCGUAACUCUGAGCGACCGGUGAUCCAUCAGGUGGCAUCAGUGCCCAUGCCUUCAGACCGCGAGUUCUCUUUCUUUGAACCAGAUGACGCUCUGUGUCUGGAAGUUCUGUUGGAUCCGCGGACCACUGUUCCCGAGCUGUUUGCUGUUCUCAAACAGUAGGUUCCUCAAGUCCAGCGGAAUAUUAGUGUCAUUGGCAAUGAGAUUCUGAAAAGAGACUGUGGUGUCAAUGACAGAAAUGGUCUCACUGACAUGACUUUGCUGCACUACUGCUGCAAAGCAGGAGCUCCAGGAAUAGGUGAUGCUGAGAGUGCUGCCAGUUUUGCCCAUCAGCUGUUGUGCCUGGGAGCUGAGCCGUCCUUACGCAGCCGCUGGACCAACUUGAACGCUCUCCACUACGCAGCAUAUUUUGACGUCCCUCCUCUCAUCCGAAUGGUUCUGCAGGCGUCACAGUCGGGAGAGGUGGAUGCGACCUGCAGUGAUUUUGACUUCGGCACUGCGCUGCACAUCGCCUCCUCAAACCUGUGUACCUCUGCAGUGAAGUGUCUGCUGGAGCUGGGAGCCAACCCCGCUUUUGGGAGUAAUAAGGGCCAGUGUCCGGCCGAUGUUGUUCCAGAGCCUCUAGACAUGCAUCUUGAAAUAGCUGAUGCUGCGGUCCAGGCUAAAGAAUUGCGCACACUGCUGCAGGAGGUCCUCCCCAGGCUCGACCCUCCCCUCCCUCUCCUGCCUGCCCGACCUCAAGGUCUCCUCUCGGACAAAGCUCGCACCCAGCUUUCAAGUAUGGGAAUUCACAUUGGAGACAAAGUUAUCAUCGCUGGUCAAAAGGUCGGGACUCUGUGGUUCUGUGGGAGUACAGAGUUUGCUGGUGGGCUUUGGGCUGGAGUGGAGCUUCACCAACCAGUGGGCAAGAAUGAUGGAUCGGUAGCUGGCGUCCAGUACUUCAGCUGCCCGAUUAAACAUGGAAUCUUCGCCCCCCUUUCUAAAGUCAGCAAGCUUUCAGAACGCAGGAAAUACAGUCCCCGCCAGCCCGCCGCUCCUGUCCCACACCCUAGACGGAUUGAUUUGGCACGGGUCACAUCCAAGGACAACACAGGUCUUCUUUCACACAGUUGUUCCACCUCCUCUUCCUCUUUGGACUCCAGACAAACUUCCAGGCGACCUCCAUGGCCACUACCACGUCAAAGACCGCCACUGCGGCCAUGGCAGGAACGGACUCCUCCCAUCAUCAGAUUUACUCCUCCCCACUCCUGUUCCCUCAACUCCACCCCACUCUCUCGAAUUGCUCGCAGCAGGACCCCUUCAGCCAGCAGCACAGCACAAGAGAGCCCAGAGGUGCAUUUAAGGGAGCGUGUAUUGGUGGUGGGACAAAGGACAGGGGUUGUCCGAUAUUAUGGCAAGACUGGUUUUGCUCCAGGAUUUUGGUUGGGGAUUGAGCUGGACAAGCCGAGCGGAAAGAAUGACGGAUCAGUUGGAGGAGUACGAUACUUCAGCUGUCCUCCUAAACACGGAGUCUUCGCCCCACCCUCACGAGUUCAGAGGAUUCAUGGCUCAGUGGACUGUCUAUCAGAGCUGUCCUCGUCUCGGAUGAACUGUUCCUUCACAGGAAUUCGACGCACUCUCAGCACUUCCUCAGCAAUCGCCACGCAGAGAGAACAAAGCCGCAAAAGUCAAGCAAGCAGGAACCGUUCCAGUAAUUUGCGGCGACGCUGGAGCAAAGUCAGCGCUGGCUGGGGUACAUCAAGGGCAAACAGCAGUGCUGGCCCAGGGCCUAACCAAGUGGGUGGCACCACCAGUUCCUCUGGCUCAGAUGGCACUGUCAAACUCCACCUGGGCAUGCAGGUCUUGCUAAUUAGUGCCAAUGAGAUGGGCACCAUCCACUACAUUGGCACAGCUGACUUUGCCCCUGGCCUCUGGCUAGGCCUCGAGCUGCGAAUCCCAAAAGAAAAAAACGCUGGUUCUGUUGGCAGCCGACGCUACUUCAGCUGUCGUCCUGGCCAUGGGGUUCUGGUGCGACCCAGCAGGGUCACGUACCGCGGUAUCAACGGAGCCAAGCUGGUGGAUGAAAUCAGCUGAGACUGACUCAUGCCGAAACAUGGGCUUCCCAUCUCUCCAGCCAUCUAGCUUUCGGUUCAUUUUGUUACCAUGGGUUUUUUUCUGAUAUUUCAGCCAACCUGUGGAGACAAUUUCUUUCUAACUGCACUAAGGCUCAUAUGUUCACAGCUAUUAAACGGUUUACUACAUUUUCUUAAACUAACUGAAUAUUGUGUGGGAAUGAAUAUUCCAUUGUAAUUAUUCUUCUGAGGUUAUAAUUUUAGCUGGAGCUUUGAAUUCAGAUGCUUCUGAUGAAGUAAACAGUAGCAGUCUCUGAGCACUUUAAUAAAUGUGGGUGAAGACAAUGACUGGAUUGAAGAAGUUCAGACAAUUUAAUAACUUUAAUAACUGUGAUUAUAUCAGCUCCUCAAAUCCCCUCAGAAGUUAUCUCACUAGAAUGAAGAAUCGCUUACAGUUUGUCUACUCUUGUCAGCAGGUGUGAGUCCCUUAAGAACAUGCCACUUACAUUCAGACAUUACAAGAUUACAUUCUUGUAAUCUUUUAUUUUGAUGUGAGAGUGGUUGCGAGUAAAUAAUAAGCACUUUAAUACUAUCAUAAUGCAAGAUCUAAUCAGCUCAGAGAAUCAAAACUUGAUUGUACUUGAUUGUUCCACAGAUGAUAUAGCAGUUGUUGCUGCUGACAGACCUAAUCAGGUUCUUGUUUCCCUUGUAAUAAAGAUUUACUCUUGACUGAAAGAUCCCUGAUAGAAGUCAGUUUUAUGAAGUCAUUCAAAGACGAUACACAAACUAAACAAUGAAGGCUAAAUCAGCAUCUGAAGAUCUACAGUUAAUAUUCGGUUUAAACCCAUAUCAGAAGCAUAUUUGUUGAUAUGUGACUCCAUUAUAAUGAACCAGUUAGUAUUUUUCAUACUUUGGAGAACAUAGAGGCAAAGUCAGCAUUUUCUAUAUUUAUAUUAGAUAAAAAAAAAAAAUCCUAAU